AUGUCAGCUUCACAACGUGGAGACAGAGGCGGCGGUCGUGGUGGUCGCGGUCGAGGAGACAGCAACCGAGGAGGCCCUUCCAAUCGUGGAGACUUCGCUGGUGGCCGUGGCGGCCAUGCUCCGAGAGGAGGCGGCCAUAGUGAUCGGGGCGGUGCUUCGUCACGAGGCGAUCGUGGCGGUGGCUCUUUCCGGGGAGAUCGUGGUGGCUCCACGCGAGGUGAUCGUGGCGGUGGUUCCUAUCGAGGAGACCGUGGUGCUUUUCAGGACCGUGGUCGAGGUGGUGGCUUUCAAGACCGUGGUCGAGGUGGUGGUGGACGUGGCCGAGGAGGCUUCACGCUCCCAAUUCACUCCGGACCUCCCAACAACAGCAUCUUCCUGUAA